GUCAAACACAAAAACGGACCCCAAAGCAUGCGGAUUUCAAACUGAAUCGACCGAAACCGGGACAAUUUUGGAUUAGGUUUGAUUUACGUGAAAAUGAGUCUCAACAUCUCGGAAUUCACAGAGGUUUCCCUGCAGUAUGACGCUCAGGAUACAGCAUGUCACCGCCUAUUGGUGAAGGAAAACGUUUGCAGGAAGGUAAACAAACUGAAACCGGCCGGAAGGACACUUUUUGUGUUGAAUGUUCCGCCUUAUGCUUCCGAAGAGUCGCUCAAGUUGGCUUUCGCGUUAGCAGGUCCCGUGAGCAGUAUUCUACUUCAGGAAAAACCUUCAGAGGAAUACGAUAAAAUAUCGGAAGCCGGGACCAAUCGAUUUAAAGUGGCGUAUGUUGUGUACGAACAUCCAGCAGGUUUGAGAAAGUUACUGAAAAGCCGGAAGCUGGGUCCGCUGAAUUCCGAUGGCAAAUUGUUAACCGGAAUUGAAAAGUGGGUCAAAGCUUAUCAGGAACGCAUACCGGAUCCCGUAAAAUUACAACAGGAAAUUGAUCGAUAUAUGGCAACCUAUGACGAGGCAGUGGCUAAGCGCAAGAAUGCUGAACCCGAUGGUGAGCCAGACGACGAAGGAUGGGUCACGGUGUCUAAAAACAAUGCUAAUGUGUUUUCUCAACGGGAGGCAACGAUUAAUAAAAUGGAAGAAAAGAUGAAUACCGAUCAGAAACAGAAGCUACUGAAAAACUUCUACACGUUUCAGAUCAGGGAGGCCAAGAAGCAGGACGUGGUAAGUUUACGGAAAAAGUACGACAGGGAUUUGCAGAAGAUGCAGCAAAUUAAAAAAACUAAAAGAUUUAAGCCUUAUUGAGAUGAACGUACCUAGUUUGUUUUUAUUUUUUAAUGAGAUAUGUAUGUACGUGAUGAAAUAUUAAUC